GUAUGUUUCUGUAUUUCAUACAUGUAAGAUCAUCUCUCUCUCAUUGUUGAUGCGUCUUGAUGUUUUUAGCCGUGCACAAGUCAUCUGAGACAGUGUGCAGUUAUCAGGAUGUUUUAAACUACCUGAACUUGACCAGAAACAAUGAGCUGUUCUUCAUGACCCGGCCUGUCAAAGACUACCAAAACCCCACACAGGUAUUCCUGGAGGUACUGCUGUAUGCCAUUCUAGAUGUGAGAGAGAUUGACCAGACAUUUGUUCCUUAUGUUUGGAUUUUCACGAAGUGGCAGAACGAACACAUUCACUGGGAUCCAAAUGACUUUUGUGGUAUUGAGGCUGUUUCUCUUCCCACCGAGGUUUUGUGGAAGCCAGAUAUAGCUAUUGAAGAAAUGACAGAAAAAGACAAAGCUCCUCCAAGUCCUCAUCUCACCAUCACUUUUACUGGUGAAGUCCAUGUUCAGGAUGACCAGGUGCUUGUCAGCACCUGCAGAAUGCACGUUUACAAAUUCCCCUUUGACAUUCAGAGCUGCAAACUCACCUUCAAGUCUGUCGUACAUUCUGAUGCAGAAAUACAGCUUGUUCGUCAUAUCAAUUCGUCACAGGUCACAGAGUGGUCUCGUGAGGUGAUGCGGACCCAGUAUGAGUGGCUGUUCAUCAACAUGACAGUCACCAACAAAACUGUCAACAUGUUUGACUUUCAACAAGACGUGAUGAUUUACACUAUCACCAUGAAGAGGCGGUCUCUUCUCUACAUUGUCAACUUCUUACUGCCCAUCCUGUUCUUCUUCUGUCUGGACUUGGCUUCCUUCCUGAUCUCAGACAGCGGGGGCGAGAAGCUCAGCUUCAAGGUCACUGUGCUGCUUGCUGUCACUGUGAUGCAGCUUAUUCUCAAUGAAAUUCUGCCUUCCUCUUCAGACAGGAUUCCACUUAUAGUGGUCUACUGCAUUGGAAUUUUUGCUCUUAUGAUGCUGAGCCUCCUGGAGACAAUUUUGGUGAUGUAUCUGAUGGAGAAAGACUCUUCAUACCAAGACAACGAGUGCAGUGAGGACAACAAAUGGACUCCCAGUGAUGCGUCUGUUGAUGAAACUCCAAUUAAACUGCUCAAGGGUAGUAGCAGCCAAAUGACAGAGGAGUCCCAUGCCUCAGAUGAGCUGAGGGAGGUGGUUAAAAUGCUGGCUGUGCUCCUCAACAGCAGGAAGGAAGAAGGAAAGCCCAGCUACUGGACCAGAGUGGCUAAAACAAUCAACAAAGUUUUCUUCAUUUUCUAUGUCAUAGCUGCAGGUCUGUUUUUAGUCUAUAUGUUUUUCCACUGGACUGAUGCACACGAUAAUGGUGCAACACGAGGACACAUAUAAUUGAGAUAUGGUUCUCUUUGCAGGUACAAGCAAGACUUACUAUCAUACAAAAUUUUAACUUUCAGUAGAAACCCUUCCCUGUGUAUCUGACAUGCACAAAUGUAUAUGUGACUCCACGGCGGGUUAAUGCAUUUUUGAUGAUUGAUCAUUCCUGCAUCAUAAGAACUUUGCAGUGAGUAGUGUUUGCAUGUUUUACACACUGCUACAUAUCUAACACAUAUACUUCGUAUAAUCAGUAAAAAUCUGCUUGUAUGCCAUCAAAUUGUUGCUCUAAAUGCCUUCGAUAUGUGCAAUUCAAAAUCACACUGAAAAUCAAAGUAAAACAUUGAAAUCACAAGCUGAUCCAACUGUGUGAAUUUUCUCAAGGCAACUCAUGAUGUGACUCAG